CAUUACUGGGGCCACAGGCGCCACAAACCAAUUGCCAAGGACGUCGGCGACAGGGCCGAAGAAGGACGUGCCUAUGGGAGUCUCGGCAAUGCUUAUCACUCUCUCGGCGACUUCCAACGAGCAAUAGAGUACCACGAGAAACGCCUUAGCAUUGCCAAGGACGUCGGCAACAGGUACGGAGAAGGACUUGCCUAUGGGAAUCUCGGCAAUGCUUAUCACUCUCUCGGCGACUUCCAACGAGCAAUAGAGUACCUCGAGAAACACCUUAGCAUUGCCAAGGACGUCGGCGACAGGGCCGGAGAAGGACGUGCCUAUUACAAUCUAGGCAUCUCUUAUUUAAAUUUAGAUUCUUUGAAUGAAGCUUUAGCUCAUUUCAGGUUGAGCGUAGAAACUCAUAACACUAUUAGAGCCAGUCUCAUUUCCAAAGAUGUCUGGAAAAUAAGUUACCGUUCGGUUUCGAAAAAUGCCUACACCUGUUUAUAGCAAGUUCUUAUAAUGCUUCAAAAGACGAACGAGGCCCUUUAUGCUGCUGAGCAAGGAAGAGCACAAGCCUUGCAAGAGGCCUUGGAAAUAAAAUAUGGCUUCCCAUCAUUUCCACACAGGUGCAAUAAACCUGAAGAAGAGGUUACAAACAUUUCAAGAAAAACAUCUACUUUGACAGCUUUUCUUGCAAUAGAAAAUGAAACAAUUUAUUUAUGGGUAUUGGGAAAGGAAAGCAACGCUGUUUUUAGGGAAGCAAAGUUAACAAUGGAAAAUGUACAUGAAGAUCCAUUUGCUGUUCUUUUGGAAGCUUCUUUGAAACAAAUUGAGGCAGGGGUCAAUUUAAGAUGCGAGAAUCGGUCAUUGGAUAAGGUAAGCGACAAUCCAGCUCACAAUACACGAGGCGAUGAGCGAAUAUUGGAGCCGUCACGCAGGAAUACUGACUGGUUACAGCCACUGUAUGAUGUUGUGAUUGGUCCCAUUGAAGACUUGCUUAAUUGUGAUGAACUUAUUGUAGUCCCUGAUGGUGCUUUGUCUUUAGCUCCAUGGGCAGCGCUAAGUGAAUCUUUAAGGAUCCGUACUGUUCCUUCACUUGCAAUUUUGAAGCUGAUCACUGAUUCUGCAGCUGAUCACCACACUAAAGAUGGAGUCCUGCUUGUUGGAGAUCCAAGUCUGGAAAAAGUUACAGAUAAAUGGGGUAGACCCAUUUACGAGCAACUUAAUUACGCAAAAAAGGAUGUGGAGAUGAUUGGAGGAAUCCUAAACGGCCAACCACUUACAGGAGAAGCUGCAACAAAACAGGAGGUGCUUAAAGGAAUAGAGUCAGUCGCUUUAGUUCACAUUGCAGCCCACGGAAGAAAGGAAACUGUUGAAAUUGCCUUGGCUCCAAACCCCGGUUGGAAAUCAAAGAAUCCUAUUCCUAUGGAAGAGGAUUAUAUUUUGAAGAUGUCUGAUAUACAAGCUACUGAGUUGAGAGCGAGGCUGGUUGUGCUCAGUUGUUGCCAUGGUGGUAAAGGAGACGUUAACUCCGAGGGCGUCGUCGGUAUGGCGCGGGCUUUCUUGUUUGCUGGUGCUCGUUCUGUGCUAGUGUCACUCUGGGCAAUCGAUGACAAAGCCACCUUGGAGUUUAUGAAAAGUUUCUACCAACACCUGAGAGCUGGCAAAAGUGCUAGUUACGCUCUUCAGAGGGCCAUGAAAUGUCUCCGGGACUCGGAAAGCUUUUCUGCCCCGAAGUACUGGGCUCCAUUUGUGCUGAUUGGCGAUAACGUUACAAUUCAAUUUGAUGAAAAUAAUUGA